GUUAUGUGCUAGAAAUUGUGGAGUUAGAGGUUAGUAAGACAAAUUUGUUAAGGCAUUAAGUUGGGUGGACGGCGGACAGCCCCCCACACCUGAUGAUUACGUCAUGUGUUUGGAAGUGUGUGCAGGAUCCGUCCCGUCCGGUUCCGUGAUCCUGCUGUCGUCUGAUUUGUAGACCCGUUACCGUCUGAUCUGGCGGAUCCCGCUGUCUUCUGAUCUCGCGGAUCUCAUUGCCAGCGGAUCCCGCUGAUCCGUUCCUCGUGAUCCCACUGUUGUUUGGUCCCCUCGUUUCUGUGAAUGUCUCCAGAACCCGGGCGCACAAAACACCCGUUUCCCUGCGAGAUGGCCACAGUCUUCUUCCCCUUCGCACCGUCAGACGAGCAGAGAUCUGCCUAAGGGGUCGCAGCUACAGCCUGGUGUGGACGCAUUCCCCGGCGACUAGCCGCGAUUGAGCGCCGCGAUUCGUCAGGAAUGCGUCUGGAAUGGCUCUACUGAAUCAGCGACCACACCUGGUGGAGCUUGUGAAGUGUGUAGUGGUGGGGGACAAUGCUGUGGGGAAGACACGGCUCAUAUGUGCACGUGCCUGCGCCACACCUAUCACUAAGCAGCAGCUGCUGGCCACCCAUGUGCCAACCGUGUGGGCCAUCGACCAGUACCAGAUCUCACCACAGAUAUUGGAGCGCUCCUAUGACAUAGUGGACGGUGUGCAUGUGUCUCUGCGCCUGUGGGACACGUUUGGUGAUCAUGAGAAGGACAGGAGAUUUGCCUAUGGAAGCCACUUUUCUAGGUCAGAUGUGGUGCUGCUGUGCUUCUCCAUCGCCAACCCCACCUCGCUGAAGCACGCCAUGCUGAUGUGGUACCCGGAAAUCAAGCAGUUCUGUCCCCACGCACCCAUCAUCCUCGCAGGGUGCCAGGCAGAUCUCCGAUAUGCAGACCUGGACUUGUACAACAAACACAAAGGGCCCUUUGCAAGAAAAGUCAAACCAUCUGACAUCAUGAUGCCUGAUGAAGGGAGAAGUGUAGCCAAAGAACUCGGCAUUCCUUACUACGAAACCAGCAUUGUUGACAACUAUGGCAUCCGUGACCUGUUCCACAAUGUGACCAGGGCAGCUCUCCUUGCCCGCCGAUCAUUCCUGUUCUGGAAGUCCAACCUGAAGAAGGUGCAGAAACCUCUGCUGCAGCUUCCCUUCCUUCCUCCCCCUCCUCCCCUGCCAAUCAUCACUGUGCCAUUAAACACACAUGUGGAGGAGCUGAGGGACUUCUUCCACAACCCUGGCUGCAGCGAUGUAACCUUCCUGGCCCAAGGGGUCAGGAUUCCUGCCAACAAAGUCUUCCUUGUCGCUGCCUCGCCUUUCUUCAAAGACCUCUUCAUGAUGGAUCUGUCACAGGACCUGGCCAAUCAGACUCACCUUGACAACGACCCCUGCAAAGAUAAGGGGUUGUCAAGGACUACCAAUUUGCACGUGACAAAAAGUCAGCUUGGAGGCCAAGGGGAUGUCAAUGGGAAUGGCACCACAGACUUCCAUGGCUUCCCAAGCCACAUCCUGGAACAUUCCGUCAUUCAUUCCAUUCAUCUGGCGAAUCGAAGCGACCCUUUUGUCGAAUCUGAGCGGCCCACCUUGCAUACCUUUGUAACACUGAAUCCCAGUGUUCUUCCUAAGGCGUUCCAGCAUUGCCUUGAAUUCCUGUACACGGGACACUUAGAAGAGAAGGGUUUGCCACUCACAGAGAUGCUGCACUUGGCAAAAGAAUUGCAAAUGGUUGUCUUGGUGGAGAUGGUAAGAAACCAUCUCAACGAGGAAGAAUUUAUGAAUUCUGAAGUCACCUUCCGAUUCCAUAAACGGAGAAAUUCUGGGUUGAAAGACAUGCUUUCCAAGGGCCUGCUAUCAGAUGUUGUGUUCCGUGUGGAUGAUGGGACGGUGACGGCCCACAAGCCUUUGCUCAUGGCACACUGUGAUGUCAUGUCAGCCAUGUUUGGUGGAAAUUUUCUAGAGAGUUCCAUCAAAGAGGUGCCUCUGCCAGGGACGACCAAAGCCUGUCUGCAGGCCCUGCUGGAGUACCUGUACACAGGACAGCUGUCACUGCCAGCCAACAGAGACUGCAUUGGUCUGAUAGAGCUGGCCAAUAGGAUAUGUUUACCCAGACUUGUAGCUCUUACAGAACAUCACAUUGUUCUGGAGCUGAGCCGUGCCAGGGAGAAUAACCAGGACAUUCACCUGGAAGUGCUCAUGUUACUGGAACCUGCGCAGCUCCACAAUGCCUGCCAGCUGAGUGCCUGGUGUGUGUCCCACAUCACCACCAACUACAAGCACAUCUGCCGCAGGUACUCCAAGGAGCUGCACACCCUGACACCUGAGACACAGCAGUACGUGGCCAAACAUCGCUGGCCCCCCAUCUGGUAUCUGAAAGAGCGGGACUACUACGACAAGGCACAGCGGGAGCGAGAGAGAGCAGAGGAGAAGAAAGCAGCUCUCCAGAAAGUCAAGAGAGUGAAGAAGUGGUGCUUCUAAAGGGGGAAGACCAUGUCCAAACAUCUUAGCAUUUUCAAACAGCUAAGGGUCUUAUACAGUGCCACAGGUUUGUAAAGUUUGGGGUAUCAAUUGCACAUGAUUUCUAUGAUAAUACACUUCAAUUGUGGUACAUGUAGCUGUUUUUUUACUAACUUAAAAGGUCUUUGAAGUAGGGAUAGCAGAAUAUCUCCUUAUUUCACACAAAUUGUAACACAAUAAGAUUGGUCAGUAACGUUACAUAGAUUCUAAUUAAAAAUGCACUUUGAGACAUAUUACAGUGUAUUUGGAUAUAGAGAAGCUAGUAUUUGUGUAACACAGCACCUUGAGAUGAGUGUUACUGAGCUAAUUGACCUCUCAUAUAACCAGUCUGUUAGCAUAGCUUACGUUGUCUUUUGUAAAUGACAACACAGCAACACACAACAUAACAGCAGUCAUGAUCAGACUAUUCUACAAUUGAUUGUGAGCACAGCGGAAAGCUAUAUUGAAAUGCUGCAUUAAUUUGUUGCGAUUCAAGAGAGGCCAUUGUUCUCUGUAUAUAUAUAUAUAUCAUGUAUUUGCUCCCUAUAGUCAAAUUCUUGGAUACAAAUUCUGUCUUCCUAUAUAGAAUGUUAAUUGAAAAGUGCCCUGCAUGUAGUAUUAGGACAUCUAUAUAUUACAUAUUAUGAUGAUUUUGUGUUGCUGUGACAGCCUGAAGUUUAAGCGUAACCUUUAGGAAAAAUAACUUGUAGUACUUUUAGCUGAACCAUCAUUCAGCCUUCAAUGUGCAGUUGACCUGCAUGUAUCUCCUGAUUUUAGGGUAAUCAGAGAAAAGUCAGAUUAUUAUUGAAUUUUUGUAACUUGCUUGGACCAAAUCAAUGCCUUAAAUAUAUAGUGUGGCAGUUGCCUCACUGUUGAAUAUUACCAUAGAUAUAUGGCUUCACUUGUGAUACCCAAUAUUCUGUUGCAUCAUCAAGUAUAAUGCACAUGUAAAACACUGUAAUGUGGAAACCAGUAAUAUCUAUUGAUUGAAUAAUGUUGAUCAAACAUGGGUACACAGCUCACAGUUAGGUGGCUCCAAUGUGCAUGGGACAUGCUUUGGGUAAAAAAAGUUAUUCCCCAUUGUUGAUAGUCAUAGCUACUGUAAAUCAGUACAACACCAACUGCGGCCAUUACAUAUUACAAAAUUGUCGGGCAUUGGAUUAGACAGGCUAUAGUAAAUCCAGGAAUUUGUCACAAAUUAUGAUUUUACUCAUGAAUAUGGUUAAUGAUAAACUAUAUUCCUAAAAAGUGAAAGAUUAGAGCAUUACAUGCAAAAGAAUCAACGACCAAAACACAGAAAGGUCUGAGGCUGUGUAGAAAGUCCACAGGACGAAAGGAGUCAUCUUAACUUUCUGCUAUGGUAGCUUAUGGAUUUACUAAGGUAACCUGGAAUCCAGUCCUUCAUGGCUUGACUUGUGUAGCUAGUGUAGGCUCUGUAUGGGGCAGAUAGAGCUCUCUGAACCCGGGGUAAUCAUCUGCACUCCGUAGGAUUUCCAUGCGGUAUGACUUUGCCCAGUGGGAGUUAAAUUUGCUGGCAAUUCCAGGUUAGGGUUUAGGCAGAAGUCAGGAGGUUAGAUAUGUAAGAAUGAAGCUUACUUUACAAAGGGAAGAGCUCACUGAAUGUGUCAGAUUAUGUUGGACAGUGUCAGGAACUUACCUGUACGUAAGGUACAUGUUCAUGUAACAUUAGAAGUGAUAAAAAUCACAGGUUGCAACUGUGACAGUGAUUUGUCCAUGGGUAGGUAUAGACAUGUGGUCAACUCAUGGCAGAACAUAUUGAUAGCAACCUGAUGAACCUGUAGCCAUCACUGAUAUAUUAUGAUAGUAAUGCACCAAACUUGAAUAUCAUUUUCAAAUUUAUAUAUAACCUCCUUGCCAUGACAUUGCAUUUCUUUGAUUUUGUAUGAUUCAUGUUUAUUGUGUUUAUUUUGGUUGUGUUGGUAAAAUUUUACUCAGUUUGCCAGUGUGUUAGGAUGUAGCUUACACACAUGUACAUGUAUGCACUGCUGUUACUGGAAGUGCCAUAUUACAAGGUGCAUGUAUAUAGUUCAUCUUGUAACGUUAUAUUGAUAACAGUUUAAACUUAAAUUCUAUAGCCAUUUAAUUGACGAAAAUGACACUUUGCACAACUUUGUGAUUCGAUAACCUUAUCAACAUUACAAAUGAAUGGAACUUCAACUAGUGCAAUGUCUGAUGACUGGUGUGACACCACAGACAUUAUGCAGUCUGGGACAAGAAAAGUACUUUUAUGCCAUUUUCAAGGUCUUAAAAUUUGAAAAGAAGAAAAUUGCAUAGGUUUUUAUAGGGGCUCGUGUAUUUGGAUGCUUGCCAUUCAUUGCUUAACCUAUGAUAUGAGCUACAUUCCUGGCUGAUAUAAUGUUUGGAGUAGAAUAGAGUUCUGUACCAAUACUUCAAAGAGAAGUUGAAAUUUCAGAAUUUAAAGCUGUUAAACAAAAGUGUGUUAAAUUGAUGCAGGGGCAUUAUGUACUGAGAUAUAACAUCUUUGAUCAAUUUCAAAGGAUUCACCACUUGUCCCAGACAAGAAGAGAUGAAACAAAACUUGUUGAAAUACAAACAUCACAAGACACCUGUGAAUGAUAGUACAUGUAUCUAGGGGUUUGUCAACAGUCUUUUUGAUGAUUGCUUUUGUAGGUUAGUUUCUCUAGUAAUUGACUGGUUGCUGUAGGGACUGAUCAUUAAUCCUCAAUAUGUCAAGGAAAAUUUGUCAUUAUUUUGCAUCAGCAAGUAAACAGUUGAUAGUCAACAAAAACAGCACCCCUUGCUGUAUCUCAAUAUUCAAAGCAUGUGCAGUCAACUACUUCCAUGUACAGGACAGUGCCCGCUGUCAUGUGAGCCUUAAUUGGACCAUCAUUGUACAUCAAGGGUCAACAUAUAGUAUCAUCAUUACUGUUUUAAUGUUUAGAGAUUAGCCACCUUUAACUUUUUACAUUCUUUUUCUUGCAUUCCAUAUCUUUGUCAUGAAUUGAUUAUUUAAUGUCACAUUCAUUCAUUUCAUCAUCACUUCCAUAUUCCAUAUAUAGCUUGUGAUGUUGCAGCACCUGCCAGUAGAAACAGGGUCCACCCAGGUUUCACGCAAAAAUUAGGUGUUUAAACAUUUAAUAUUAGUGCUUCAUUGCAAUAUUGCCUGAUGGCACUUAUUUUGUAUUAUUGGUGCUAUAAAUCUGCAAGGUUCAUUGCUGCCUCAUAUCUUCAUGUCUCAUCACACUAUGGUAUCCUGACAUGUUGCACACCAUCAUCAUACUUGGUAGUCAACUGAGUAUACUAGAGUAUGUUCACUUUAAAAUACAUGCUAACAGUGUAACAGCUGUGUUCUGUGCCACAAUGUUGAUCAUACAGUCACAGUGACACAAAACUUGUGCAAAGUACUAUAAGUUCAGAAUUUGUAAACUCUCAAAGGUACAGCAUUGUUGCAUACAGUGUAGUCUGUGGUGUGAACUUGCAUGCUGUUAACUGUGGUACAUGAACACUGCUGCCUGGGCUGACCAUUGUAUUGCCUCAUUGCUAUUUCCAUAGAAUUAAAAUAGACAACUAACGGGGGCAUAUGUACUGCUUACGACAUGAUAUCAAGCUCCUCACUCAGCCAGUACAAUUUAUGUACCACUACUUCCUAGACCUUAUUGUAUGCUAGCCAACUGUACUCAGAGAAGUUUGUGAAGCUAUUGUACAUGUAAGUCAAUUUGUGUGCAUUGUAUGCAGUUGAAUUAAUGUGUAAUGAAUGCUAAGAGCUUGAGAGUACAGCAUGCCAGUUUUGUCACCCAGUGCCAACAACCUGUCUUAGCCAGUUGAUAUCUCAGUUUUAAGUAUCCUAAAAUGCUUUCUCAAUCUGGCAGCUUCUUAACUCCAUUCUGUGGAAAUCAGAGCCCCAGUUGGGACUGGUGCCACUGAAAACUUUCCCUGGAUGUCAGUUAUAGAAAAUGGAGCUAUGUCAGUACAUUGUCAAGAUGCCUGCAAAAAUGUGUUAGAAGGGUAACCAAUUUUAAAGCAUCUGGCACCAAGGGAAUUGCAAAUCUAAAGUGCACCCUCUACCACCUAAACGCCUUUCUGGAAUUUGGUGAUAUUUUGGGACAGACUUUUAUUUUUAUAUGUAACUAUGAAGUUCAGGGACUUAGCGAUCAAGCCUGGUUUUAGAUAGAUGCUGAUGGCAUGUGUUGUCUAGCACAGAUAAAUAGUGGACUUGUGGGGCUAGCUGAUGAAUGAAACUGUAGGAUGUAUUAUUGUGUACUUUGCUUCUAAUAAAGCAUUGCAGACGUAUGAGUGGGUAUACUUUUUUAUGUUGACUAUCCUGGCUACCACUUGCUCUCCUUUUUUGCUUGCUUACCAAGAAUAACAAGCAAUAAAAGACAACAAGUGGUAACUAACUAUCAGUAUCGAGGAUGUUAUCCAGGCAAUAACAGAACUGGAAAAUCAAACAAAGACUGCAGUUGAUGUUCUGUCACAAAGGACUUUUAUCUCAAUGUGUGACUUCCAUAUUCAACUUCACACCUUAAUCAUCACUAUCAGUGGAAACCCUAGACAAAGGUACAGGCUCUGUCGCAAACCAAGAAUAUUUGAAGAAACAUCAUUCACUUCAUGUACUUUAAGCCAAAAUGCAUUUCUGCAAAAAUGUUUUCUACCCCCACUAUCAGAGCCUGCACUCUUCCCCCAGAGGGAAUCCAUUGACAGCUGCAUGUGUUUCCCAAAGAUAUAAAUAAAAGUGAACAAAGCAGUGAUACUACAUUAUAACAAAAGCACCACAAGAAUCUGGCAAAUAUCAUCACUGCAACAAAUUCACAGUACAUGAUUUCAUUCACGUAAGUUGCUAUGCUUAAGAACCUAUCAUAUGCCUCCUGGACAACCAGGGGAUGUAAAGAGUAACAAAUAUGACAACACAUUUGUUUUAUAUGUGCAUCAUGGCAUUUGACAUCUCCCAUGCACUAUCACCAUGUAGGGCACUACAGUAUGCAUAACACUAAAAUUCACGGUAUGUGAAGAGAAACUGGUAGAAAUACACUAUGAAUCGCUUCCUCACAUUUCCCUACUUGAAAUAUCCAUAAUGGACACUGUCAGAUACUGUCAUAUCUAGGCAUUAUGAUCAUCAUAACACUAACC